GCCGCCAGCGUGAGCCUUCCCCAGACCAUGUGCAGGACACAUUCAGGGCCUGCUCCCCUGGGCAUCGGUACCUGGUUAUCGGCUAGAAGGUCGACAACAAGGGGUUCAUGAUGCUUCGUUGCACGUUUUGCAACAAAGUUUUCCAAGGGACCCAGUUCCAGGCCACGAGGCACUUCACACAGACGAAGUACUGCAAGGACGUCAGCGACGAGGCGCUGUAUGAGAUCGCGCAAAAGACUCAACAGAAGUUCGAGGUCGAUCAGAUGGAGAGGGUCGCCAAGUAUGCAGCGGAGCGCGGACUCGAUGUGCCCGACACGGGUGGUGCAAGGGGAGGAGAGGCGGGGCGGCGUCCGGUGGAGGGAGGGGUUGGGGGAGAUGGUGGUUAUGGUGCGCCAGACCACCCGUUGGGGGGUGGAGGCGGUGACACGGAGGAGGGCGUGAUCGACCUUGAUCGCGAGGCGUGUGGCCUGGGCGAGGAGGGAGUCCCUGAACAAGAGGACGUUUCAGAGUUUUAUCUAGGCACUGCGGAGAGGAUGGAGGAUUGGCUGAGGCGACCAGGCAAGGGACCUGCAACGGAGGGGUCUUCCAAGAGGAAGGAAGGAGGAACUAAUCCGGCUGCUACCCCAGUUGGAAAGAGGCUUCGCCAGCAGAAGGUGACUGAGGUCUACGGUGGCGAGUGGGUUGCUCGCCACAAGAAGGCCUUCCUUUGCUGGCUCUAUUCCAGCGGGGUCUCCUUCAAUGCCUUCCGCAACCAAGCUUGGAAGGCAUAUGAACAGUUGCUUCUUGAGCAGCCUGGCAGUUCCCUGCGCGCUGUGCCAGCGAGAUUGCGAAGGGACAAGGGCAUGCUGGAUUGCCAGGCAGGACUCGAGGUGGAGCUUGUGUGCACGGGCACGCGCAGGGGGAUGAUGGAGGAGGGGAUUGCCCGUCAGGUUGCGCUUAUUACCCGGGAUCCCAUCGGGGCCUCCGCACCACCCUUUGCUGAUGCCGUUUUCGGUAGACGUGCUUGCAUUUUUCGUCCCUACCCCAGGGAGGACGACUCGGACGAGGAGCCGGUACCCGAGGCGGUAGAUGACCCUGCGCUCCGCAUUCCCCAUGAGAUCGACGAGACGCACGACGAGAUGCUGGGGGGAGAGGAGGAGUUUUGGGGCCCAUUCGGGGAGGUCGCUUCCACGGACGGCACAGAGGCGCGGGCGACGACCCCCACUCCGACGAGGCGGGAGUCGUCCAUGGCGCCACCUUGUGCUGCGAGUCCUGCACCACCAUCGCCCGUCUCGCCACUUCAGCCGGCCAUGGCAACGGCGGACACAGAGGAGUUGGCGUCCUCUUUGCCUCAGCACGGACUUCUCCACAGAGGCGGGGCAGUCCGCCAGCUGAGGUUACGAUCACCUUUCCCGGGGAUAUUGCAGGAGGAGGGGGCACCGUCGGCAGCAGCAGUGGAGGGGGGGAUGGCACCAGCGGCGGUGGCGGAAGCGACGGUCGCAGCUGUGGUGGACGAGAUAGCAGCAGCAGUGCUGGAGGAGGUGGCACCAUCAGUGGUGGAGGAGGAGGCACCAGCGGCAGGAGGAGCAGCAACAGUGGAGGGGGAGGUGGCAGCAGCAGGAGGAGCAGCUGGAGGAGCGGCAACCGUGGAGGUGGAGGGGGCAGCAGCAGUGGAGGAGGAGGAGGCACCGAUAGCAGCUGCAGUGGAGGGGGGGGUGGCAGGACCAGUGGAGGAGGAGAUAACCGCACAGGUGGAGGUGCCGCGUGGGGGCGGUGACGAGCGCUUCAUGCAGCAGUUCCUCACGGAGGAGCUCGAUCCGGUAAUAGCGGGUAUGACCCCGGGUGUGGCGAGGGGGUCGGGGAUUUCGGAUUCGGAGAUGGGGAACCACUUAGACUUUGAUUUGUGGAUGGGUCUUCCACCUAGUUGCGGCUGGGCGACAUCGACGGAUCGGGCUCCAUCGAGGGACGAGGCGGCAAGACAGACUUUGACGCAGACCCCGAGAGAGAGGACGACGACUGAGUCUCCAGAUGCAGCACGCGACAUCAUGGAGCGAGAGAGAGCUCGACUUAUGGCAUCGAGUAACCUGCGUGCUCAGGCAUUCGCACAGGCCUUGGAGGAGGUUAGGCGUCGAGAGACAGGGGGUGAUGGUGUGCAGGGUGGGGUGGUGGUGGGGGAGGACGUUGUGGAGGGAGUGGCAGCAAAGGCAGGGGGGGAUGGUGUGCAGGGUGGGGUGGUGGCGGGGGAGGACGUUGCGGAGGGAGUAGCAGCGGAGGCGGACAAUGAGGCUAUGUCGGGUGGGCCACAGACAGCGAAAGUUGUUGUGGAGGGACGGCCACAGGCGGUGGAUGAGGUUGUGCAGGCAGGACAGCGUCACUUUGCUCCGCAGGAGGUCCGUCGUCCUUUGGACGCAGAGGAGUUGGCGAGAGAGGCUGUGCGCGAUGUUACUCGAUUGGACCGGCGGAUCUUCGACCAGAGGCUCGAGCAUCCACCAUGGCAGGCGAUCCCUUCGGUUCCAUGGGGUCCUGCGUCGCCCGUGUGGUCUGGGUCUACCUCCACUGGAGGACGUACCGUGGGAGAUGUUCCAGGGGUUUCGGGUGGCGUGAUGGAGACAGCGCCACAGGGAGGCACUGCACUUGGAGAGAGUUCGGGGGCGGAGGGGUUGGGGAUGCCUCGUGGAUCCCGCCGUGAGCAGACGGUUGCAGAGGCUAGUGCGAGGGUUGUUGUGUUGAGGAAGGGAGGAGGCCCUGUCACCAUCGAGGAGGAUGAUCCUGAUACGGAUGCGGCAGUGCGGGAGGAGGACGAGGACUAUGACGGCGAGGAGGAGGGAGAGGAGGAGAGCAAGAGCGGUUUCGAUGGUGACGACCACGAUGAUGAGCCCCCACCUCGCCCACCGACGAGUGCAUCUACACGCUCGGCUGUGCGGACUUCUUCAUUCGCACGAGGGAGGAGGAGGUCGACAUCCGACACUCGAGGGGGUACGAGGAGAUAGAGCAGGAAGGGGAAGAAGGGUCGUUGACCGAUAAGGCCAACACUCC